CUGACAUUCUUCAAGAUGGCAGGCGGCGUUGAACACCACAAGCUGGCCCUUGACCCGGCCUUGGUCAAGCUGGGACACAUGCAGAGCAACAGACACAUCUACUUCCGCUGGACGCCGAGAACAGCCCGCAUCUCCUUCAUCUACAUCGCCGUUGUCCCCGCCAUCAUCGGAUACAUCGGAUACAAGAGCGACGUGAGCCUCCCAUUCAUCCCCGGACAGUGCGACGACAAGAAAUACGGACAAACACUCAGAAGGGACGUUUAUGCUAACUGGUGUCUUCUUCAGGGUCUCUUCGACCUCCGUGCGAAGCGCAAGGGCGACCUGGUCUACGAGCGGUAG